AUUCAGCAGUUUAAAAGGAGCUUAUCUUUAAUAAAACAGCAUUCCCUGAGCUCAAAGAACACUCGGCUUUCUACAGAUGAUGAGCAUGGCUAUUUAUAAUAACUAUUUAUCUGAAGUUGUGCUGAAGAACACAGCUGAGGCUGUUAUAAUUCCACUGAAAGGUGGCAUCUCCUCCCUGAAUGAAGUCUAUCAGGCUCUUAUUGAGGCAGAUGUAGAUCCUGUAACUGGGAAAUGCUCCAACUACGACUACAUCAGACAGCAGAUAGUGCAGGCUCAUCAGUUCCUGGAGCAGUCAGAACAGGCAGCUAGUUCAGGGUUACAGAGUCUGGAUGAAAACUUAGAGAGACUUAUACAAGAUGAGGGAAAACUCAAUCAGGAGAUGAAUGAAAUAAAACAAACCCUAGACAACUUGAGAACAGAGCAGGAUUCAAAUGAGAAAUUACUCAGAGAAUCUCAGGGAGCUCUGCAGCAGGCCAGGACAAAUCUGAAUUCAGCAACACAGACCCUUCAGGAUCAGGAGAAGAGGAAACGUGAUGCUGAAAUCGUCACAGGUGUUGGGGCAGGACUGAUGGUCAUUCCAAUCAUUGGAUGGAUUGCAGGUCCUGCCAUGAUGAUUGGUGGAGCAGUUGAACUGGAUCAAGCAAACAAAGCUGUCCAAGUGGCUCAAGAGGAGGUGAGAAGGUCUGAGAAUGAGAUGAGAAAAUAUGAACAUAAAGUAUCUGACUACAAUUCCAAGAUUUCCCAGACUGAACAUAACCUCAGUCAGAAACAUUAUGAGCUGAGUCAGAUGCGUGAAGGAACCCAGAAGGUGAGGAAACAGAUCGAGUCUGUAGCUAAGUUCCAGGAGAAAGUGAGAAGUGCCGUCAAUUUUCUGGGUGUCCUGAGUGGGAGGGUCAGUGUGGCUGAACAUCAGACUCGCAGAUUCAUCCUCCAGGAGCCUGUGAUGAAGGUGAUGGAGGAUGUGAUGAAGGCCAUAGAGCAGAUCACAGGGAAUGAGCUGCUCUACAGCAAUGACCUGCCAAGACUCAUCAAUCAGAUGAAGGAGAACAACCAACGCCUGGCAGCCCUCUGUGCCUCAGAGAACAACCCUUGGGACAGAUACUGAUGGACAUUCAUUGUUGAUUUCAUACAUUAGCGAUAAGAGAAAAAAAUAAAUUUUAAAGCUUUAAUGCUCAUCCCUCAUGUUCUGUAUUCUGUUCCAUUAAAGACAAUUAAAACAAUUUAUUUUAAAAUCCCAAA